GGAAUAUAUAACAAUCUGGGAAACCCCUUUGAAAUUAUGGCCGAUAGUCCUCCUUCACUCUCGAUUUUAUUGAAAGACAAGAGCGGUUUAGUGUAUAAAGAUGAUGGUGCUCCACAGCAGUGUAAAGUACCUAAAGGAGAACUAGUAAUUGAACAACCAAAGGAAGAAAUACGUCAGAUCGAGAGCGACAAGCCUCCACCAAAUUAUCGUUUGUAUAGAGAUGAUGAAUACGUUGUUUUACAUGUUGGGCAUAUGGAUGUAGCUCCUUUACAAGAGAAAGAAAUGAGAUAUUUAUUAGCAGUGGAACCUCAUGGCACACGAUUACAGGAAUACCUCAAAUCAGAUGCGAUAAAGAAGGAGAAAAUGGAUUUGGUUGCUGGUGAUUUGGUGAUGUUCAAAAUGAAAUUGAGACCUGAUGCUCCUGUUUCCAUUGUCAAAGGUGUAAUACGUUACAUUGGUCCUAUACAAGAGACUCUUGGAACAUAUUUUGGUAUUGAAAUACAAGAACAGAAAUGUCGUGGUAAAGGUACCGGUAAUGGCAAUCCAUAUUUCUCUUGUGGAUCCAAAGAUGCUGUCUUUGUAUCUAUGGAUAAGAUAACAAAGAAAUCUCAAUAUCCUAUGGAUGAGAAACCUGUCACUAAAAAAAGUGCUAUCACUGGUGAACCAACCAAGAAACAUCCAUCUGGUACAUCAGAUUUUAAUGAGAAGAGAGAAGUUUAUGAUGCUUCGAGUCAGUUUUAUGCGAAAACAGAUCCUAACCAUAAGUCAAACUUUAAAGUUGAUGAUCGUGUGAUUGUGAAGUCAGUGAGAGAUGAAGUGUUUAAUGGUACAGUAAAGUGGGUGGGAACAACUAGAGUUUAUAAUGAAAGUGACAGGAAGUUAUCUACUGUUGCUGCUGUUGGAGUUGAUGUGGAAAAGACAUUUUUAUCUAUUGAUAAGCAUUUCCCUGGUAUGUAUCUUGACAUUACUGGCAGUCGUGGCCAAGAAGUUUUUAAAGUUGGCUUUGGUCACACUCGUUUGUUCCUUCCUGAGGAAUAUGGUGUCGUACUUCAUGUUGAGGAGUAUGCUAAACAACAAAAAGAAGCCAAUGCUAUGAAGCAGGAAGCUGAAAAAGCUAAGAAAGUAGGUUUAAGUUUAGAAGAAUAUCGAUCUCAGAAAGAAAUUCUUGAGAAAGCUAACAAGGACAAGAAACAAGAGAAGACACGUCAUCCCCAGCAAACAAGAGGAGGCCCUGGACAGGAAGAGGAAGGAUCUGCUGCUGGAGUUGGAGCAUUGAGUCAGAAUAAUGAAAAUGAAAAGGAUAAGAUGUCAGAGUCUAUGAUGCACAUAGAAUCUGGUGUGCCACUCAGUGAAGGAAGAAGACAACAAGAAGAACGAGCAUUUGAACUAGCAAGACAACAGAGCCAACAUGGUGAUGGUGAUCCAGCUGAGUAUGAAAUUAUUAAUGGAGGAGAAGUUAAGCCUACAGACGACAACUACUUAGAUGUUCAACCUUAUCAUACUGUUCCUGAAGAUCAGCAACAAAGUGUCAAUCCUGUUUCUCAAGGAUUACAAAAACCAUCACCAAAACCUUAUCGUGAAGAAGAAGGAUACACUAGCCUCCCUUCACCUGAUAGUAAUUAUUAUCAGCGACACUCUCCUGAUCCUAAUCGACGUUCUCCUGAUCCUAAUCGACGUUCACCUGAUCCUAAUCGACGUUUUCCUGAUCCUAAUCGACCCUCUUCUGAUCUUCCUGCAGGUCGUCCUGAUCAUCAUCAUCCUCGUGAUUCUCAUCAUCGUUAUCCACCUGGUGGUUCUCAUGGUGGUUCUUCUGACAACUACCAACCUGGUGGCUCUUCUAAUCAGUAUUCAUCUGGUGGUUCUUCUGACCAGUAUCAUGGUGGUUCUUCUAACCAGUACUAUGGUGAUUCUUCUAAUCAGUAUCCACCUGGUGGUUCUCAUGGUGGUUCUUCUGACAACUACCAACCUGGUGGUUCUUCUAACCAGUAUCCAUCUGGUGGUCCUCCUCCUGAUCCUCAUCAUCAGUUCACUAUUGGGUCAAUGGUGUCUGUUGAUGUACAAAAAGGUGAUCCAUUGUAUGGUGUAAUAAAGUGGAUAGGGACACUACCUGACUACCCAGCUGGAGCAAUAGCUGGAGUGGAAUUGGAGAAAACAAUAAAUGGUGGUACUGAUGGUACACGGGGUGGAAGAAGAUUUUUUACUUGCCCUUAUGGUAAUGGUUUCUUUUGUCCAUUGACAGCUCUUAGACAAGACACAAGAUAUAUGGAUGAAGGACAAGUACCAGCACAUAUGAGACAAGAUAUUGAUAACCCAUUAUCAAAGUAUGCACCAGUAACUGAAGAAAUUGACACUAUGGGAUCUCCUAAUCUAUUCAAUUUGUACAUUGGUAAUUCACAUGGUAUUCAAGGUCAUCAUAAUUCAUGUUACCUUGAUUCCACUGUGUUUGGAUUAUUUGCACUAUCUGAUUCAUUUGAUGAGUUGAUAUUCAAAGAACCAACUGAAGAGGUUGGAAGAAAAGUUAAACAUUUUCUUUGGAAAGGAAUUGUUAAUCCAUUGAGAAAGCAUGGAUUAGCAAGAUAUGAGUCAAUAAUGGGAUUGAGAGAUAGUUUAGAAGAAUUUGGUAGAAUGAAAGGAGCCAAAACUGAUGAAAAAGAUCCUGAAGAAUUUCUUAAUCUUUUGUUUAAGGAAGUGCUUCACAUACCUCCAUUUCUGACUAUUAAACGUCCUUUUGGUGUUGAAAAGGAGUUUUUCAUUCAGCUGUUCUUUGAGAUUGAUCCUAAUAAUACUGAAGUACCUAAAACAGAGAAACUGAUAGCACAAAUGUUUCAUGAGCAAAACAUCUCAUUCACUAGAGCUCCUUCCAAACUGUUGCUUCAGAUGCCACGUUUUGGUAAAGAAUUCAAAAUGUACAGCAAAAUAAUUCCAUCACUGACACUUGAUGUGAAACCAUUAAUGGACCCCAAUACAAGGGGAAAUCAGAAAUGUAGAUUUUGUCUAAAUGGUUCAGUAUCUUCUGCUUGUUACAAUUGUCCUAAGGAUCUUUUCAACAUUACUGAUCGUUAUGUUUAUUACUGUUCUGAGUGUAACGAAAGUGCACAUAGAGAGCGUAAAGGUCAUCGUGUAGAAGUUGUAGAUAUUAGGCCUGGGACUAGUGAUGCUAACAAUUUUUCAAAGAUGGAGUUGCUGUCAGUGAUAUGUAUUGAGACCAGUCAUUAUGUGUGCUUCACUAGAGCAGGAGAAAAAUGGCUGUUUCAUGAUAGCAUGGCUGAUAGAUUACAUGAUAUGUACAAUGUUCCUAGAGUGGUUGAUGUUACUGCUGAGCUACAGGAUUGGAUCUACUCCCGUACUGCUAGUGAGGAUCGACUGAUGAAUACUCCUGCUAGAGAUAUACCAGAAUAUGUUCGUAGAUUCACUCAAGAUAUUUACAUGUGUGUAUAUGUUAAUCCUGACCUUGAUAUGUAUGGUGACAAUGAUGAUCCUGAAGAGUCACUUCCAACGUGCACCCAAUAAUAAUAAUUAUAAUAAUAACGAUAAUUAUAAUUAUUAGUUGACCUUUGUUGUUCUUGUACCAUCAAUGCUUUUUGUGUGUGUUUGAUUUGACUGCUAUUAAUAGCAUUAAAAUUUGUUAUUUCAAAAUAAUUAAUUAUAAAACA